UACUCAGUCUCAUAGUGGUCGCUCGUUACAGAAGUCCCCCCUUAGAAUGUUUCACUAUGUAGUGGUAUCUCUGGCAGUGCACCAAGACUCAAACUCAAGAGAGUUUACUUUAUUCUUUGGCCCCCUAUAUUCUCACCCCUGGGGAGAAUAGCUCUUGACCCAAUAUUCUCACCCCCACCCUGGUGUGGGCAUGAGGCGAGGACUCACCCCUGACCUCUGGCAGACCGAUAAAAUCACCUAGGCUAGGCUGCCCUAGGUGGCUUACCUCAUGUGGUUGAGAAAUGACUCGAGUGUUUGGCGCUUGUUUACUUGUAGGCCAACUGCUGAUUACCGUUGCCAUAGCCUUAAGUUUUUUUAUCAAAUAGAUUCUAGACUUCUUAAAAUUAGGCUAUAAUUGUGAAAUUAUGUGAAUACUGAAGCAUUUUGAAUACCUCGCUCACAAUGCCUGGCAAGAGAAGUCGUCAUUUGCAACUUCAAAAGGCGAGAGAAUUGAGAUGGGCAAGAGCAGCUGUGGCUAAACACUUGAAGGCAACUGAACCUGAGCCACCACCACCACCACCUUCAGUGAUAGGUCAAGGACACCCGGAGAAGCCAACAGCGAAUCGGCAGAAAGACCAGACAACAAACGCGGGGAAUAAUGACUGUGUUAAGAGAUUACAGCCUGCUUCAGUGGCAGAGGAUAGCAGUGUCGAAAAGUAUAUCCAGGAUUCAAGUUCUUAUUCCACCUACCCAGCAGUCACCUCACCAGCAGUCACCUCGCCUGCAGUCACCUCUCCUGCAGUCACCUCACCAGCAGUCACCUCACCAGCAGUCACCUCACCUGCAGUCACCUCUCCUGCAGUCACCUCACCAGCAGUCACCUCUCCUGCAGUCACCUCUCCUGCAGUCACCUCACCUGCAGUCACCUCUCCUGCAGUCACCUCACCUGCAGUCACCUCACCUGCAGGCAAGAAUGACUUUGUUUUUGAACAAUUUGACAGAAGUGGAUAUGUCAUUGUAACAGCAGACUCUUGUCAGCCCAUGAAGGUAACUUUUGAGAAGAAAAUACACUUUCAAAUCAUAUUCGAUUCUUUGAAAAUGGCAGAUAGCUUGGUAAGUGAACCGUCUAGUGAAGCGCCAGAGACUGAAGGUGGAGAGAUGAGCUAUGUCAUUAUUGAAAAUGCUAUAUCUGGACUGGAGAGAGAUCUAAUAAGUGAAAGUGAUCUGUUACAUGUUGUUAAUGUGCAGGAUGAAGAGCUUCCCAUAGAGGCCUCGUCUUCCGAUCAAAUCGAAAAAGAAAAAAGUUUAAGCAGGAAAAGGAAACGAUCAAAAGUGAUGGAAGAAGAUGAGUGUUACUGUCAUUACUGUGAUUUACCGCUACGAAACAGGUCCAAGUAUGUGAGCCAUUUACAAAAAAAACACCCGAAUCGGAGGGAUAGCAAGAAGUUAAUUAAGGAAUUUUCAAAGGUUAAGAAUGUAGAAGACAGUGAUUCUAGUGACAGUGUGAGUAAAAGCAUUGAGGAUUUGUCCAAGGUUGAUGAGACCGAAGUGUUAAAGUGUGGCCAGUGUGAUGUCUCUUUCAGAACUCAAUCUGGCUUUGAUCGGCAUCGCAAGUGGCAUUUGAGAGAGGAGAAUGGAGGAGAGAUUCCUGUAGUGGACAAACAACAUUUGAUAGAAAAAGAAGAAUCUGUAGCGGAUGACAAUAAUCAGGGACUUGUUGAGUCAAGUGAGGAGGGACAUUCAACAGAGGAAACUAUAUGUGAGAUUCCCACUGCCAGAUUUCCUUGUCGUUUCUGUCAGGAAAUAUUUCCCUCCAUUUUGACACGUAGAAGCCACAUUCAGGUUAUGCAUGAAGAUGAACUGAAGUGCAAAUAUUGCGGCAUUGUUUUUGUUACUGCUUACGAAUGCCAAACACAUUGUAAGACUCAUGGACCUUUCUGCUUUUUGUGCAAAGAGUUGUUUUCUAACUGGAGUCACUUAAACAUUCACUGGAGGGACAAACAUUUAGAUUCUGUGGAUGCUGAAGGCAACAAAAUAUUUGAGGAAUGUCCAAAAUGCAUUCUUGUAUUUGCUGAUAAAAAGAAACUUGUGAAACAUUUGAAAAACCAUGAACGACUUGAACAGAGGGAAAAAUAUGUCUGCCAUGUAUGUGCCAAAGUCAUGCUAUCUAAGCCUGCUUUUGAUGCACAUGUGCACAGCCAUAGUACUGACAAAGGUAUCACUGACCAGAUGCCAUGUGACCAGUGUGGCAAGAUUUUUGCCAAUAAACAUGCCCUCAACAAUCAUCAUGCGAAGCUGCACAGGGCAAGACCUUACAAAUGUAAAGUUUGUAGCAAGGCUUUUGCUCUUUCCUUUCACUUGAUACGUCAUGAAUACCAACACAUUGCCGGCAGACCGCACCAGUGUUCUCUCUGUCAGAAAUGUUUUUCAUCGAGUUAUAACCUAACGGUACACAUGAGGACCCAUACAAAGGAAAGACCAUUUAGCUGCAUCCAUUGUUCACAACGUUUUAGCCAUAAGUGUACAUUACAGGGACAUGUUGCUUUAAAGCAUAAGUCAGAUACACCUAUCAGCUAAUCCACUUAGCAAUUCAGAGUAACUUUUUCGACGACCAUGUCAGUACAGUUAUAUAAGGUCUGAAUCCGUAUUUAUAACUGUUUUUGUAAGUUGUCCAUUAUCCCUGAGUGUUUAGUGUAUGCCUUUGAACACAAUGCCAAGAGUAUCCCUGCAGUUGUUAUUUUGCUCUAGUUAAGUGAAACAUUGUUUAAAAUUGUUCAUGUUACAUGCAGCAUUCCAAAUUUUUAAAAGGAAUACCAUGUAUAUACAUACAUAUAUAAUCCUCACAUAGAUCCAAUAAGACCCCCUCCCAACUCUGUUUCUGUAAUCUAGAUAGAUAAAGAUUUAGUCUGUUUUAUCUUACCCUAUUAGCGCCACUGUCACUGAAUCAAGUCUAGGCUUACAGAAUACCAAAAUUAAAUGUGUUGAAGUCUCAACACAUCCCAUACAAUCUGGAUCCAAUGAAUCACAUAGCUCAUAGCUCUAGAAUUAUGUAAACCCAAUUCAUUUAACAGAAAUUUAGUUUUCUUAUGGGGCUGUCAUGAUUUAGAGAUAUGGUGUUCUCUCAUUGAAAAGAUCCAGAGUUCGAAACCUGAGUGAGAGCUUUAAAAGUUUCCUUUUAAAAAUGUUUCUCCUUUCCCCUCUUUCCUGUUCUCUAGUCCUGUUCUGUUAUUUGCUUUCAUCGUAUAUCGAAGCUGAAAAUGCUCUAGUCGGUAUAAAAAUACACAGAGUAUAAAGUGUCUUCGAAAUCGGAAUGAGGCUGCCUGAAAGCAAGGGGCCCUAUGAAGAAGGAAAAAAGGUCACAUAAGCCAAGCAAAAAUGAGUUGCACUGCAGGUUGAAGAACCAGCAAUUGACUACCUAUGAUUUAGCAGGGGAAAGCAAAGAAGAAUAUUGUUCGUAUUCUUUUUUUUUUUUUAGAAUAUUUAUUAUGCUUAAGUACAAAAUGUAUACACUGGUAUACUGUUGACAACACAGAGACAAAGUGACAAGAUACUGUGAGAAUCUAAGCCGGCUGAACAAUCUCAACUCAUCACAAAGAUCUACUAGAUCUCAUAACCCCCAUAAUGGUCCCAAAAUUAAUUAACAUGAACAUAAAUAGGAACAUUAUAGCUUGGAUUCUUGAGUUCUUAACCGAUCGACCUCAAUAUGUAAAAUUAAAUGGUGUAAAAUCUUACCUCCUAUUCAUGAACACCGGUGCGCCCCAAGAUUGUGUAAUAUCCCCUGUCUUGUUUACGCUUUACACCACUUUUGAUAACAAAAACGUCAAACUAAUAAAAUUUGCGGAUGAUUCCAUUCUACAAGGAUUUAUAACAACAAAUGAGAAUGAAUACAGGGACGCUGUAAAUGUAUCUACAAAUUGGUGUGACUACCACUUCCUUUUACUAAAUAUAAAAAAAACAAAGGAAUUAAUAAUAGACUUCAGAUAUUUUUUAAACCAAUUGCAACCAAUAUUUAAGAUAUGGAGGUGGUAAGCUCUUACAAGUAUCUUGGAAUAACAGUUGAUAACCAGCUUGACUGGCUCUUGCGCAUAAAAAAGUAAAUCAAAGAAAGUUCCUUUUAAAGAAAUUAAGAAGUUUUCGUGUCGAUAAUAAGAUUA